GCGCAUGUGCAUCAGACAUCAUGCAAAUUAUGGGUUGUGUUCUGUGACACCGUGUAUGUACGAAUUUAUACUGUAAAGCAGUAAAGUUUACAGGACAUUUACAAACAACAGUAUUAUUAGUAGAAACAUAAUUUAUUGUAUGCGACAGUAAUAAUGGCGGUCAAACAAAAUACAAAACGAUCGAAAUGGGCCUUGGACUUUGCUCACAAAAGUAAACAAGACAAAAAUGCAGAUAUCCCUGCACCUCCAGGCUAUACGCCGGCAGUUGCAUUGUUUCAUGCUGCAGAAUCAAUUCGGGAGACGGAUUCGAAUCAUUUGAUCAUGAAAAAGUCAUGGGACCUGGCAUUGGGUCCUCUCAAACAAGUUCCAAUGAAUUUAUUUAUAAUGUACAUGGCUGGUAACUCUAUAGCAAUAUUUCCAAUCAUGAUGGUCGGUAUGCUGAUAAUUAGGCCAGUGAAAGCACUGUUCACUCUCCAACAAACAUUUAAAGUCAUCGAGGGAACUCAUGCUUUCGGUCAAAAAUUUGUCUACUUCCUCGGUCAGCUUGUGAACAUGGCACUAGCACUGUACAAGUGUCAAUCAAUGGGUCUGCUCCCAACACAUGCCUCUGACUGGCUAGCAUUCGUGGAGCCACCGGCUCGGCUGGAAUACUCCGGUGGUGGAUUUAUAUAUGUAUGAUACGAGCAAGUCUUGUAAACAUAGGUAUAUUGUACCAUGACCAUGAAUUACAGUUCCACAUGUCUCAUAAAAAUGUUUUAUUAAAAUAAAUUUGUUACAUACUUAAGUACCUAACUUGUUUAACAUUCUUACUGCAAAGUAAACACAAUGUACAUUUUCAGCUGA